AUGGCCGCCGCUCCAGUAACCAUUCUCUGCAUCCUCUUUCUCAUCAUGAUACUUGUGACGGAGACCGCGGCCUCCAUCAAUUGGCAGCUGCAGUUGGGAUAUUACUCCAGCAGCUGCCCGGCGGCCGAAUCCACCAUCAAAGCAACGGUUGAAGAAGCUGUUGCAGUAGAUAAGUCGAAUGCAGCCCGCUUGCUGAGGCUUGCGUUCCACGACUGCUUCGUUGAGGUACGAUUCGAGGUGAUAGAACAAGCAAAAACAAGGCUGGAGCAAUCAUGUCCAGGAGUUGUAUCAUGCGCCGACAUAGUGGCCAUAGCAGCUCGCGACGCUGUGGUUUUGAGCCAUGGACCAAGUUUUGGCGUGCCGACCGGAAGAAGGGAUGGCCGGAUCUCCAGCCUUACCCUGGCAAACGAUCUGCCAGAUGUCAACGACCCAAUUGAGGUUCUAAAAUCGAAAUUUCAUGCCAAGGGAUUGUCCACCAAGGAUCUCGUCCUCCUCACCGCCGGUGCCCACACCAUCGGCACAUCGGCUUGCUUCUUCAUGCCGCAGCGUCUAUAUAACUUCAAUGGCCACAACGACACCGACCCUAGCAUCAAUCCCAAGUUCCUGCAGCGCCUCAAAUUAAUAUGCCCCUUGGGCGGCUCUAGCUUUCAAAGGCUGCAUCUCGACUGGUCCUCGCAAUUCCAGUUUGAUGAUCAUAUUCUGCGCAACAUCCUCAACGGCUUCGCAGUCUUGGCCUCCGACGCUCAGCUGGUGGAGGAUGGAACCACCAAGCGGUUCCUGCAGUCGUACGCUGGGGGAUAUGGAAUUGGAAAGUCCUCUUUUGGCAAAGAUUUUGCUGCUGCCAUGGUCAGGAUGACAAACAUCCAGCCCAAAACGGGGCCCAAUGGUGAGAUCAGGAAGGCUUGUCACAAAGUUAAUAGUUAA